GGAGAGACUUAACAAAUAAAAACAUAUUCUUCACUAAGAGAUUGAAGAUGCCAAUCUCAGAGGAAGCUUCUGGUAAGAAGAGGUUAGUUGUUAAGAAGCUUUUCGCUAGACAGCAGCACGAAGGCUUUGGUGCUGUUGUAAGAAGAAGCAUAGGAAGGUUUGAGUUGAGAUACUUCGACCCAUUUCUUGUUCUGGAUGAGUUCUCAGUUUCGGCUCCUGCAGGAUUCCCAGAUCAUCCACACAGAGGAUUUGAGACGGUCACUUACAUGUUAGAGGGAGAGAUUUUGCAUGAAGACUGUGAAGGACACAAAGGGGUAAUAAGAGAAGGAGGAUUACAAUGGAUGACGGCAGGAAAAGGCAUAGUUCACUCUGAAAUGCCUUCUUCUAACGCUACUGGCACUACUCGCAACAAAGGCUUGCAGCUUUGGAUCAAUCUUUCUUCAAAACAUAAACUAGUAAUGCCGAGUUAUCAAGAGAUAGAGAGCAAGGAUAUAGCAGAAGCAGAGAAAGAUGGUGUGAGGGUGAGAAUCAUAGCAGGAGAAUGGAAUGGAGUUAAGUCAAAGAUCUGCACAAGAACACCAACAAUGUAUUUAGACUUCACUCUCACACCUGGUUCUAAAAUCUCUCAGCACAUUCCACUUCACUGGAAUGCAUUUGUCUAUGUUCUUCAAGGCCAUGGCCAUUUUGGGGAUUCCAGGUCACAACACUCAACUGCUGCCGCGCAUCACUUGCUGAUUCUAGGCCUAGGUGGGGACCGGUUAGAGGCUUGGAAUGGUUCUGAUUCAGGUCUGCCGCUUCGGUUUAUCCUUGUUGGUGGUGAGCCUAUAGGUGAACCAGUGGUUCAGUUUGGUCCUUUUGUUAUGAACACACAGGAAGAGAUUGAUCAAACCGUUGAUGAUUUUGAGAAUUUUACAAAUGGAUUCGAAAAAGCUAGACAUUGGAAGUCUCAAGCUGCCUCUGACUUGGGAUUGUUGUUCUAAUACUUAACAAAUUGUUUCAAUGAGUUUGUACCUUAUAGUUAUUCAUUUUUCUUGAUUUCUUCAUGUCAGUUUGAUUUAUAAUCAGUAAACCAAAUUUAAUUAUGAUC